UGACGAUUUAACUUUUGUUUUAAUCAAUUGGUUGGUUUUUUAGUAUUAUUUCGUUAUUUACUACUAUUUAAUUAUUGAAAUAAUUUUGAAAAAUUAAUCUAGGUUAGUGACAACUUUAUUUAUUUAAGUACCAGGUAUUGCAAAUCUAAAAAUAAUUAUAAUACAAUUGAAAUUCUGUAUUCUGGUAUUACUUAAUAAGAAAUAGCGCCAAUUUUAUAAUUUUAUCUGGAAACAAAAAUGUCUACCCAAGUGAGAAUAAAACUGCGUAUGGGUACAGAGACUCUUUGCAAUUCACAGGUUUAUAUUGAAUUAGAAGAUCCUGUACAUGUUUUGAAACAAAAAAUUUCUAAAUUAGAUAAAGACUUGAGUAUUGAUAAUUUUGAAGUUGUUUAUUGUGGCAAUGUAAUGGAAGAUUCUGAAACAAUUGGUGGUUAUGGUGUAAUGAAUGGUGUUACUGUGCAUGUAUUCAAAAAAAUGAAACAUGAAACGCCAAUUACUCCUAAAACUCUUUCUGAAGUUGAAUUAUUAAAAUUAGGAGUUGCCUUCCGUUCUCUUUCAUUAAACUCAUCAUAUAGAAAUGCUUUAUUAAAACUAAAUAAACCAGAAGUAAUUUCAAAUAUUAUUAUGACAACACCUGGCCUGAGUCGUGAUCCAGUUGCAAUUACUUUAUUACAACAUUCAGAGCUCUUAGUAAAGCUUGGUGAUCUUGAGAUUGUAAAAAAAAUUGCUGAGAAUCAUCCAGCCUUAGCUGAAGCUGCUCAACAUAUUGCUGCAGCUGUGCAUGAAGAAGCGUUACAGAACAAUCAUACACCAGCAUCAUUAAUAGGAAACUCAUCUUCUCUAUUAAACAAUAUAAGUGAUGACGAUAUGGAUGAUUUGAAUGACUCAUCACCUGAGUCAAGAAGUCAUCCAAUAUCCCGAAAUUCAUCUUUUGGUACAAUAACAGCUGCUCAAUUAGCAUCUGCUAUAGCAAAUGCUACAUCUCAACAGCAGAAUCAACCUCAAUCUAGUAGUAAUAUAGCUAGUACCUCAACAGGAAUAACAAGAGAUAUGUUGCAAUCAGCUAUUGGCGAUUUACAAAAUCAACCAGUUGUUGGUAAUACGCAAAAUGUCCUAGCUGAAAAUGCCAGCUUACAGUCUCAACUUCAAAAAAUGAGGGAUAUGGGUCUAACUAAUGAUGCCAUUAAUAUUGAAGCAUUACGUGUUAGUAAUGGAUCCUUAGGUGCUGCAAUAGAACUAGUAUUAAGUGGUUUUAUGAGUGAUGAUUAAUAAAUUGUAUAGAAAUUAUUGAAUCUUUACUACUAGCUCACUUUUAAUGUAUAUUAAGACAUUAAGCUUUUUGUAUUUGUUUUAAUUAGUAGUAUUUACUUUUAAAUCUACAAAUUUAUGCAAAAUAACUAAAUAAUAAGUUUGCAUUAAUAUUAAUGAAAUACUUUUAAAAGAUGUCUAACAUAAUUUUUGUUAAAAUGUAUAUUUAACAAAUUAUUUUACCUGUAAAAACUUUUAUGUUAGCAACAUAAGACAAAAACAUUUCUUUUUAUUGUGUAU